CUGUACCCAUGCUGGAAUUACUGUCCUUGUCCCGGAAGUGUGUUUGGGACACCCACUGGGUUCACUGAAGUCUAUUCAACACACGUUUUAUGUAAAUUAACGUUUCAGCUGGGAUUAAAAUAAUGACUCUGAACAAAGUUCGAUAUUUAGUCUUUUUCCAGUAUUUUGGGACAAAAUAUAGCGGCGUGAUGGAGACACCAGCCGAUCAGGCUGUUCUUGGAGUGCAAAAUUAUUUAGAGAUGGCAGCGCAGAAGCUGAGACUUGCUGGCAAAGCCAAGUUCUCGAUCUCCAGCCGGACAGACACGGGCGUCCAUGCCCUCUGCAAUUCCGCUCACGUGGACAUCGAGAGAGAAGGAGGAAAGCCACCGUUUUCAGAGACCAUCCUUGUGAACGCUUUGAACCAUCACUUGAAGCCAGAGUCCAUCUCGGUACUUAAGGCCAUUCGCGUUAGUGACAGUUUCCACGCGCGAUACAAUGCAUUAUCUCGGACGUACAUAUACCGCAUAGUGACCGGAUGCAACCACUUUGACCUUCCAGUGUUCGAGAGGAAUCUGUGUUGGGCAGCGUGUGUAAGUAGUCUGAACAUUCCAGCCAUGCAAGAGGCGGCACAGCAGCUACUUGGGACCCAUGACUUCAGUGCUUUUCAAUCAGCCAACUCAGAAAAUGUGUUCAGGUCUCCCAUCAAGACAUUACUGCGGGCAGAUAUUACGCCCUCCUCUGGUUUCUGGCCCCAUCACACACAAUACAGGGACUUGCAGUUCUGGGACUUGACCUUCCAGGGCAGAUCAUUCCUUUAUAAGCAGGUCAGGAGGAUGACUCGGGCUUUGGUAGCCGUUGGUCAGGGUCGGCUCACACCUCGGGAAAUGAAAGAUAUUAUGGAGGCGCGAGACCCUACAGCGUUCCCGGGGAACACAAUCGCUCCAGCGGACGGCCUGUUCCUGAAGAAAGUGGAAUACGAUGGAAUUGACUGAAGUUCAGAAAUGAUGUUGAAGUUGAGAAUCCAAUGUCGGAGUCUCUCUAGCUGAAUACCAGCAACUCGGUGCCACAUCAGCUCCCGAGGAGAAACGCUGUGCAUGGACUUUUAAUUACCGUGUCCUAUAAGGGCCGACACCUGCCCCACAAAACGCCUAAACCUGUUCCAGAGCCCAAGAGUCAA